GCAACAGGCAUGAAGUCAUCUUAUGACGAUCACGUCUCCUCUUAUUCUGUGCCGAGUUGAAACCUCUUCUUCUUCUUCCUCUUCUUCCUCUUCUUCUUCUUCCUCUUCUUCUUCUUCUUCUUCUUCUUCUUAUUCUAGUAUUAUUGUUCUUCUAGGCUGCUACUUCCUGUUUGAUCGAUCAAUCACACAGCAACGAAGGGUCGAUGACUGGGAGAUAGACAGGAAGAGCGGGAGACUGAGCUAUCGACGACGGAUCAAUCCGCUUCUCUCUCGGUUGCACUUUUCUUGUAUGUUAGUUAUGUUCAUGCGUUCACGAAGAGCGCGAGAGUGAGAUAUCGACGACGAAACGCCCAGCUGGAACUGUGGGCUCGGAUCCUCUUCCUUCCCGAUCAGGUCGCAGGGGAUUCAUUCCCCUUUGGAUGCCUUUACUGGUCGGUCAGUGCUCUGAUUAACCCUCCGUACACGCAGAACGCUGAAGACUCGGUCGUUGCCGGUUGCUGAGCCGAGAGGGGUCAUCUCGAGGGGUCAUCUGCUUGUCAUCCCCGCUGCCUAGGUAGCAGGCGCUUUGCAAUGACAGAGGGCGCUGUUUGUCAUCAUCGUUCUGUAGAUGAUCGUGAACCAGAAUGAUUGCCAAAGCAGCGUUUGCCGUUGACGUCAGUGCCAAAACGCCGGUGCCGCAGUGCCUGGGCUUUAGGCGUGCGCAAUUGCUUCCGGGAUCGCUGUUGAAGUAAGGUCAUGUGUACGUACUAUACUAGGUGAUCACGAACAGAACGGAACGGAACAGAACGGAACAGAACGGAACGGAUUGGCAAAAGCGCGCUGGUAUGGACUGCUUGGGUUUCAGACGCGCACACUUGCUGCCGGGAUCGCGGAUCGCCGAAGCAACGUUGCCCGUUGACCUCUGUGUGCUACGACGAUGUGUGUGGACUACUCGGGUUUGAGUGGCGCACAAUUGCUGCAGGGAUCCCGGUUGGAGAGGGGUCGUGUGUAGGUGAUUACGAACGGAACGGAACGGAACGAAACGGAACGGAGCGAAACGUAUGAUCGCCGAAGCGACUUUUUCACUUGAUGUCCGUGCGAGGGCGCCGGUGUGGACUGCUCGCCGGGAUCGCGGUUGGAGUGCGGUCGUGUGUAUAGGUGUUCAUGCCCGGAACGGAGGGGAGUGAAUGAUCGCCGGAGCAACGUUUUCCGUUGACGUCAGUGCAACGACGCGGGUUUUUGCUGCUGGGGUCCACGUGCGCACAGCCGCCGGUGCCAGGAUCGCCGUUGUUAGUCUGGCAUGCGGAAUCGGCGCCGGCGUCGACUGUUCGGGUCCUUAGGCGCGCACAAUUGCCGCCGGGAUCGAGGUUUAUGAGUGUCGUACGCCGACAUCGCUACAGUGAGGUCCGCGUCAGACGGACUAUCACACGUCUGACCUUCGGUGUGUCGGGAUCGCCGCAAUCGUCAGUCUCUCCUUCGUCUGCGAAUCAUUACCGGAUUUCUCUUGUAUCAGCGCAAUCCCGUUCAUCCCGUUGAUAGAUUGCUGCCUUCAGGCUCCAUGCCCCUCCUGUCCAUUUCCCUACUUGAUGAUCGGGGGAUUUACUCGUCCUUCAUCGAAAACGUGCGUCCUGUUCAGAUCUUCCCUUGCUGCGUCUCUUUGAUUGGUCCCAUCAUCUGCACCCCUCUCCUGUGCUUGUUCUGCGUCGCGGACGCCAAGCAGACACGUAGUACGCAUCCCGUUAGUACAUAAACUAAAGCUUUCCGUUGAGCCCCCCCUCUUACUCUUACAUAUGACAAAUUUGACGUCAUGACUCACUUGCGUUGAUCUUCGCUUGUUGUCUUUGUUCUUUUGCUUUGAUCUCUGCUUUGCUUUGCUGAGAAUCGUUUUCUUUUAAUCAUUUUUUUUGCGUUGUUAGAAAGCGAUCGUUCUGGUGGCGGGGAGUUCCAAGCAGAGUUCCAAGCAGAGUUCCAAGAGUGCCAAGAGUGCCAAGAGUGCCAAGAGUUCCAAGAGUCCCAAGAGUUCCAAGAGUGCCAAGAGUUCCAAGACUUCCAAGAAGACUUCCAAGAGAGGAGUUCCAAGAGUUCCAAGAGUUCCAAGAGUGCCAAGGGUCACAUGGAACCCUCCGAGGGAAUCCCAGUGUUCGUGUCCCCGGGAGUUCCAGUCCUGAUCCCAGAGGGGCAGGGGGACACCGGCCUCCGCUUGAAACGAGUCUUAGAAAUUGCCGAAGUGAUCGUGCGUAAAUUUGUUGCCCGCCAACGGGCACCCGUACCCGGCGCCGCCGCUGAAUCAGCUGUGGAUCCGACACUUGCUUAUCUCCUCAUUUCAAUCUUUCCUAAUUUGGUAACUCUCCUCGUUCGCGCCAAUUCCAACUCUCCGACUACCAGCACUAUUAUAACUACUAGUCCUCCUUCUCCUCCCCCCCCACCGCCGCCGCCGCCGCCGCCGCCUCCACCUCCUCCCCCUCCCCCUCCCCCUCCCCCUCCCCCUCCUCCUUCUACUAGUACUGCUCCUACUACUACUGGUACUACUMCCAGUACACCUCCUCCUCCUCCUCCUCCUCCCCCUCCUUCUACUACUACUGGUACUACUACCAGUCCUCCUCCUCCUCCUACUACUACUACUACUGCUUCUACUACUACUGGUACGACUACCAGUCCUCCUCGUCCUUCUACUAGUACCUGUCUCUUAUACACAUCUAGAUGUGUAUAAGAGACAGCCUCCCCCUCCUUCUACUACUACUGGUACUACUACCAGUCCUCCUCCUCCUCCUACUACUACUACUACUGCUUCUACUACUACUGGUACGACUACCAGUCCUCCUCGUCCUUCUACUAGUACUGCUCCUACUACUACUGGUACUACUACCAGUACUAGUACUAGUACUAGUUGUACGGACAUGCCUAUGGAUAAGAUGGUAUCCGAAUGGGACCGAGAUAUAGAAAAACGUGUGAUGAGAAUGAUCAGAUCUCUUCUCCCUCUUGCGAUCCACUUCGUGAACAACCACCCGUCCGGCGUUCAUCAAGUUCAACCUUUUCCUGUCUUCGGCGACUUGUCCUCGUUGUCUUCUUCGUCGUCGUCAGCGUCGGAGUUGUAUGAGGUCGUUCACCGGAAGCUUCACGAGCUAUUAGAAUGGCAGCGAGAGCAAAAAGUGGGUGAAGAAGUCGUUAAGGAGAGGGAUGAUCUCUUGGCUGCCAUGCGAUCAGCACAGUGGAUAACGCCAGUCAUCGUCGAGGAUUCAGCCGCGGCAGCCCACGUUGUACCGCAGCCGGAUGCAAGAUCGGAUUAUUCGUAUGGUCAGCUCUGUAUUCAUUUGGCCGUCGCUCUACCUUGUCUUUUUCUAAUCGCGCUGGUAAUUUCUGGGCUGGGCUGCUUUCGGUGAGUCCGUCGAUCGCUUAAGGUGAGUCUGUCGCGCAUUUCGUCAUGCCCGAGGAGCAUAUUGUGUGGCUGCUCUGCUUAAUUGAGGUGAGUCCGUCGAUCUCUCGCACGCUGACAGAUCGUGCAAAGAAGAAAAGAUAAAAAAAGAACAGGAAAAGAUAUCGCAGGCUCAGGUAUGAGUACGCAUGCCAACGCAGACACAGGAGGAUUCCGAAGAGCUGGUGCCAGCCUUCCACCGAGUGCCGUAUAUGCGCUUCUGCCCAGUCGAGGGCUGCUUGUCCGGACGGAAACUUAUCUUGAUUGCGUUCGUUUACCGUUCGCUAUGUACAAUUAUGGUUAAUUGAGGUUUGAAAUAAAGCGACUGAUAUUACUAUUAUAAUUUAUUACUACCGGUAGUAGUAGUACUGAAUUUCGUUUCGGAAGCCUGCUCUCUCUCUCUCUCUCUCUCUCUCUCUCUCUGUGUGUGUGUGUGUGUGUGUGUGUGUGUGUGUGUGUGUGUGUGUGUGUGUGUUGUCAUGUUGGCGAUAGACAACUCUACAAAGAAAAGCAUUACUGUGGCAGACUGUUUCUUUGGACUUUCACGGAAGUUUCACCGAUUCAGCAGGAGGUUCAACUUUCAACUUCCAACAUCGACAGUCUGCCGAGGAUGCAUUUGACUAAAUUCAAUGCAUAAGGACUCACCACAUUGCACCAAAGUUCGCGAUACCCUUGAGAAAUUUAAAGUGAUCGACGUCACUCACACCGACCCUGUGUGUGUGUGUGUGUGUGUGUGUGUGUGUGUGUGUGUGUGUGUGUGUGUGUGUGUGUGUGUGUGCACGCGUGCGCGUCCGCAUGUGGCGGAUCAUAUGGCUCUGCCGGGGAACUGUGGCGCGACAAGCGAUGACUCACUAUGGAGUCUCGAUGUUUUCUAGAGUGAAUCUGACAGCUCAUGAAUGGAAUUUCAGGACGCGGCAUCAAGAGUUAGUGCAGUGGUGAUGAACUCUUGAUUUCUCAAGAUCCAAGAGUAGUGCAGCGAGGCCCCAGGUUCAAGGAUCGUGCAUCAUCUCUGAGCUCCGCAAGAGGCUGGGCUUGUUUUGGCUUCGUGUCUAUUCUACCUACGGGACCAGGCUGUGGGCCUGAUCUCAUAGACCAUGCGGUCGUUUACGGGACCGGGCUGUGGGCCUGAUCUCACAAGCCAUGUGGUUGUCUAGUUCUGUACCGGUGUCUGUAAAAGCCCAGUAAAUCCCAGUAAGUCCG